AUGGCUAACCGCAGGGCCAGUCGCAAUCCCUACUAUUUCUUCGUGCAGGAGAAGAUCCCCGAACUACGGCGGAGAGGCCUUCCUGUGGCUUGCGUCACUGAUGCCAUCCCCUAUUGUUCCAAUGACUGGGCGCUCCUGAGGGAGGAAGAAAAGAAGAAAUAUGCAGAAAUGGCUCGAAAGUGGAGGGCUGCCCAGGGGAAGAACUCUGGGCCUUCGGAGAAUCAGAAACCUGUUUCCACCCCACUGAGGAGUCCAGGCAUGCUUGUACCAAAGCAGAAUGUUUCACCCCUGGAUAUGUCAGGCUUGUCUCUAAAAAGUGAUCAAGCUCUCCUUGGAGGCAUUUUUUAUUUUUUGAACAUUUUUAGCCAUGGCGAGCUACCUCCUCACUGUGAACAGCGCUUCCUCCCUUGUGAAAUAGGCUGUGUUAAAUACUCUCUCCAAGAAGGUAUUAUGGCAGAUUUCCACAGCUUUAUAAAUCCUGGUGAAAUUCCACGAGGAUUUCGGUUUCAUUGUCAGGCUGCAAGUGAUUCUACUCACAAGAUUCCUAUUUCAAACUUUGAAUCUGGGCAUGACCAAGCAAUGGUGUUACAAAACCUUUAUAGAUUCAUUCAUCCAAAUCCAGGGAACUGGCCACCUGUCUACUGCAAGUCUGAUGAUAGAGCCAGAGUCAACUGGUGUUUGAAGCAUAUGGAGAAGUCAUCAGAAAUCAGGCAAGAUCUAGAACUUCUCACUGUAGAGGAUCUUGUAGUAGGGAUCUACCAGCAAAAAUUUCUCAAGGAGCCCUCUAAGACCUGGGUUCGGAGCUUCCUAGAUGUGGCCAUGUGGGAUUAUUCUAGCAACACAAGGUGCAAGUGGCAUGAAGAAAAUGAUAUUCUCCUCUGUGCUUUAGCUGUUUGCAAGAAAAUUGCCUACUGCAUCAGUAAUUCUCUGGCCACUCUCUUUGGAAUCCAGCUCACAGUGGCUCAUGUACCACUUCAAGAUUAUGAGGCCAGCAAUAGUGUGACACCCAAAAUGGUUGUAUUGGAUGCAGGGCGUUACCAGAAGCUAAGGGUUCAGAGUCCAGGAUUCUCUCAUUUCAGCUCUUCUAAUCAGGAACAGAGAUCAAACACUGGUGACUCCCCAUCUGGGGUGAAAAUUUCUGGCCAAAACAGCAGUGUUCAGGGAAGAGGGAUUACCCGCUUACCAGAGAGCAUCUCCAAUUCCUCCAGCAAUAUCCACGAAUUCUCCAACUGUGAGACUUCACUCUCACCUUACAUGUCCCAAAAAGAUGGAUACAAAUCUUUCUUUUCCUUAUCUUAA